UCUUUCUCUUGUGUCUUGCAGAGGAGGAAGGAGGAGACUUGGCCCAGCCGGGCCUCAGCUUCCCAGGUCCGGCAGAAGAGGACAUAGACCAGCAGUACUCAUGGUCCCCAACGCAGCACUUCAAUGAAGAGAGGUACUCACCCGCACCCAGGAACAUGAAAGGGUUAACUGGAAGCCGGAACCAGCCUCAGCUGUGUGCGGGUCACACCUGUGGCCUGUCGCCCGCUGACGACUGUGAGCACCCCCAUGAUCACGUGCAUCAUGGGCCAGACGUGCGGCAACCUUAUCUUCUCAGCCCGGCCGAGAGCUGCCCAAUGGACCACCACCGCUGCUCACCCAGGAGCUCCGUCCACUCAGAGUGUAUGAUGAUGCCUGUGAUGUUGGGCGACCAUGUGUCCAGCAGCACCUUCCCCAGAAUGCACUACAGUUCACACUACGACACGAGGGAUGACUGUGUCACGUCCCACGCGAGUACCAAGGUAAAUCGCAUUCCCGCCAACCUUUUAGACCAGUUUGAGAAACAGCUACCCCUGCACCGGGAUGGUUUCCACACACUGCAGUACCAGAGGGCCUCGGCUGCCACGGAACAGCGAAACGAGAGUCCAGGCAGAAUCCGGCAUCUGGUCCACUCCGUCCAGAAACUCUUUACCAAGUCUCAUUCUUUGGAGGGAUCGUCCAAGAGCAACAUCAAUGGGACCAAGAGCGAGGGUCGGGUGGAUGACCACCACCAGAGUCACCUUUCCAAACACAGCAAACGGAGUAAGAGCAAGGAGCGGAAGCCAGAGAGCAAGCACAAGUCUGGUAUGAGCAGCUGGUGGAGUUCCGAUGACAACCUGGACAGUGACAGCACAUACCGGACACCCAGCGUGGCCCACCGCCACCACAUGGACCACAUCCCACACUGCUACCCUGAGGCGCUGCAGAGCCCGUUUGGGGACCUUUCACUAAAGACUUCCAAAAGCAACAGUGAUGUUAAGUGUUCCGCCUGCGAAGGCUUGGCCCUCACACCAGACACCAGGUACAUGAAGCGUAGCUCCUGGUCCACGCUCACGGUGAGCCAGGCUAAGGAGGCCUACCGCAAGAGCUCCCUGAACUUGGACAAGCCCCUGGUCCACCCAGAGAUCAAGCCUUCCUUGCAGCCAUGCCACUACCUCCAGGUGCCUCAGGACGAUUGGGGUGCAUACCCCACAGGCGGCAAAGAGGAGGAGAUCCCCUGCCGUAGGAUGAGGAGCGGCAGCUACAUAAAAGCCAUGGGUGACGAGGAGAGUGGGGAAUCAGACUCCAGCCCCAAAACAUCCCCGACGGUAGCCCUCCGGCCGGAGCCGCUGCUGAAGUCCAUCAUACAAAGACCACUUGGAGACCACCAAACCCAGAGCUACCUGCAAGCUGCCACUGAGGUGCCUGUCGGUCACAGCCUGGACCCAUCAGUCAACUACAACUCUCCGAAGUUCCGGUCCAGAAACCAGAGCUACAUGCGGGCCGUGAGCACCCUCAGCCAAGCCAGCUGUGUGAGCCAGAUGAGUGAAGCGGAAGUUAAUGGGCAGUUCGAGUCAGUGUGUGAAUCUGUCUUCAGCGAAGUCGAAUCUCAGGCCAUGGAUGCCCUUGACCUUCCCGGGUGUUUCCGAACAAGGAGUCACAGCUACCUUCGCGCCAUCCAAGCUGGUUACUCCCAAGACGAUGAAUGUAUUCCCGUGAUGACACCGUCCAACAUGACGUCAACCAUCAGGUCAACAGCAGCUGUCUCCUACACAAAUUACAAGAAGACGCCUCCCCCGGUGCCUCCACGGACCACCUCCAAGCCUCUGAUCUCUGUGACGGCCCAGAGCAGCACGGAAUCCACACAGGAUGCCUACCAGGACAGCCGUGCCCAGAGGAUGUCCCCAUGGCCCCAAGACAGCCGUGGCGGCCUCUACAACUCCAUGGACAGUCUAGACAGCAACAAGGCCAUGAAUUUGGCUCUGGAGUCAGCGGCAGCUCAGCGCCACGCGGCUGAUACUCAGAGCAGCUCCACAAGGAGCAUUGACAAGGCGGUCCUGGUAUCCAAGGCUGAAGAGCUCCUCAAAAGCCGUUGCUCCUCCAUCGGGGUCCAGGAUUCUGAAUUCCCUGAUCAUCAACCCUACCCAAGGUCAGAUGUAGAGACAGCCACGGAUUCCGACACGGAGAGCAGAGGCCUACGGGAGUACCACUCUGUAGGCGUGCAAGUGGAAGAUGAAAAACGGCACGGCCGUUUCAAGCGUUCCAACAGCGUCACAGCUGCUGUGCAGGCUGACUUAGAGUUGGAGGGCUUCCCUGGGCAUGUCAGCAUGGAGGACAAGGGCCUGCAGUUCGGAUCCUCCUUCCAGCGACAUUCAGAGCCCAGCACCCCGACCCAGUAUGGGGCACUGAGGACUGUGCGGACGCAGGGCCUCUUCAGUUACAGGGAGGACUAUAGGACACAGGUGGACACUUCUACUCUGCCGCCACCGGAUCCCUGGCUGGAGCCAUCCCUGGACACGGUGGAGACCGGGAGGAUGUCUCCGUGCCGGAGAGAUGGCUCGUGGUUUCUGAAAUUGCUGCACACGGAGACGAAGAGGAUGGAAGGCUGGUGCAAAGAGAUGGAGAGGGAAGCGGAGGAAAAUGACCUCUCCGAGGAAAUUCUAGGAAAGAUCAGGAGUGCCGUGGGAAGUGCCCAGCUGCUCAUGUCCCAGAAGUUCCAGCAGUUUUAUUGGCUUUGUCAGCAGAACAUGGACCCCAGCGCCAUGCCAAGACCGACAUCACAGGAUCUAGCUGGCUACUGGGAUAUGCUGCAGCUGUCUGUGGAAGAUGUCAGCAUGAAGUUCGAUGAACUGCACCAGCUGAAGCUCAAUGACUGGAAGAUAAUGGAGUCGCCCGAGAGAAAGGAAGAAAGGAAGAUCCCCCCUCCAAUACCAAAGAAGCCCCCCAAGGGGAAAUUCCCCAUCACGAGGGAAAAGUCCCUGGACCUGCCAGACAGACAGCGCCAGGAAGCCCGGCGCCGGCUCAUGGCAGCCAAGAGAGCUGCCUCGUUCCGCCAGAACUCUGCCACGGAGAGGGCAGACAGCAUCGAGAUCUACAUCCCCGAGGCCCAGACGCGGCUCUGAGGACCAGAGGUGGCCACACGCGCCUGGUUUUGUUCUUUUUCACAAAAUGCUUGUACAGUUUAUUGCCUACCUGGUAGUUUCUGUCUCACCCUCCACCGGAUUCGCCCUUGCCGUGCUCUCUGCACUGUAGACAGUGGACGCUCCAAUUCCUAGUUUGCUGAGCUCCUGGCAAGACUGACUCUGAAGGACAUCAGCUCCGAGGAACAGGCCUGGUGAGCCCUGACGUACGUCCCUGUUCUCAGAGGGCCGCCAAGUGGCCUCUUGAAAUGGACCCUAGCUUUCACUUUGUUCUUUAUAUUUUUAUAAAUUGUGUGAUAACUAGAGGUCACUAUACACGGGUGCAUCUCCCCACUCUCGAGAGGCAUUAGACAUCCAAGUGGAAGGUGCUACAACUCGAAGGGCCAGAAAGACAGACAAAACCUGUUCCCUCUCACCUGAGUUACUCUCCCCAGCUGAGCUGCCCCAUGCCCUUGCUGUCCUCGCUGGUCCUGUCGCCACAUCCUUGGUUGACAUUGUGAUGACAGGAAAGGGCUUCUCCAAGGUCCCCACAAGGUGGUUCUCUAAAAGGAAAUGUCAAGGCUACCCACCCCCAAGAAAAAGAUCUAGCAUAGAAUGUUUUUGUUAAAAGCUAAGGUGAGCAGUCCUCUAACAGAGGGACCCAUGGAAAGUUCUGGCAGGAGCCCAGAGAAUACAAAGAGGGGAAAGAAAAAAAAAAACAACUAAGAAAUAGUCAUGGUAAUUUUAUCCCUUGGUAACUUAAACCAUUACACACAGCAUUUUCUUUAAACCUCACUGCAAGCUAACAUGAACUUUUUAUAUCUGUUACAUGCAUUCUCAAACUUGACUUCCCAGGGUACCUUUAAAGGAGUUUGCUUGUUUAAGAUGCCAGUUGUGAUGUUGUAAACCAUAUAAGAAAUAUGAAUGUGAGCGGUAAGUAUAUCCGUUAAAAAUGGUAAAGAAGAAAAGUUAGUUUAUGCUUGUAUUUUUCCAGGAUUCUUCUGUUCUAUGCAGUACUGCUGAAAUUAAGAAUAUAUCUGCCUGUGAUAGACAUGAAGAGGGAGAGAGAGAGAGAGAGAGAGAGAGAGAGAGAGAGAGAGAGAGAGAUCAUGCAUGGUGAUUUCCAGCUGUGGAAUUUAAGGAAGGUAAUCAGUAGUCAGACUCUGAGGGUGCAGAGAGGAAAGAGAUUGGCUCUGAUUAACGGGUUUUUGUGUAAAUUAUGUUUACAGUUAAGAUCUCAUCCUAUGACUUCUGCAUGGGGAGUUCAGAUGCCACAAAAGCGAUCAGAUUGCCCAUGGCCCUGAUCUCAGAGUUCUUUGUUCUUCACAUAUAGGCAAGGUCCCACCCCACCCCGGGUCUCCCCUCUAACUGCUUUAAGGAGCACCGGGUGCUCAGCCAUGGGCAGAAAGCUUUCAGACAGCCCCGUAGCACUUUGUGUUCUCCCUGUGACUCGCACUUUAAACUGUCCCCAGUGCCCCCAUCUGCAGCCUGACUAGAGAGGCAGCCUUGCAGCUGGGGCGUUACUAGGACUACACCGUCCUCUUCCUCGCCCUCUCCAUUCCAUUUCGCAUGGGGGGCACGGUUGAUGUUACAGCAUGUCAAGCCUCAAAGUUUUACCUUUUAUUUUUAAAGCUGAGUAGUUAAGAGUUCCCUGUGAUAGCAAAACCCUAUAUAAAUCGAGCCUUGUGUCUGGUAUAUAUUUUACCAAACAGCCUUAAAAUAUAUUUGGAAGCAAAACUCAUACGAAUGUAUAUCCUUUAAAAAAUGCAAAAAAUAAUAAUAAUUCCCAAAAUAUUCUUCUAUCACCAAACCCUAUUUCCCCAGAGUGUUCAAAGCAUUUUAUACCUAAAUAAAUAUGUAAAUCCUGA